AUGAUAGAUUCAUCAGAAGACGUAGUCAUUGUUGACAACAAGCCAUUAACAGUAGGGCAUUUUAACAAGAUCAAGGCCUUUGCGGCUAAUGGAACGACACACUACCCAAUCUCUACCUUAAACGCGCAUCUCCUCACGGGAUGGAAAUGGAAUACGAUAGUCGGAUACAAUGCUGCUGUAAAGAAGUUCAUUUUCUUUAAAAAUUUGUCAGGAGAUCAUAAUUUUGUGUUACCGGCAACAGUUAAAGAUAUAGAAGACUUCUGCUUUUGGGCAGGAAGAAACUUAUACCUCAACAACUCGUACAAGAUAUCGUCAAGCUCAAUCAAAAAGUAUUUGUGUGGGCUGAAAGCAUGGCACACAUUUCACAGCGUAGAGUACCCAGACAUUUCGGAUAAGAGGAUCGAACUACUUUUGAAAGCGUCGGCCCGAGUUGAUGCGACUUUACCGCCCAAGCCGAAAAAACCUCCGAUCAUGUUGAAACAUCUGAUCUGGUUAUCAAACGUGAUGUUCCCAAGUGGAGACAUAGACAAGGCUAUCUUAGACCUUGCAAUCGUGGCCUUCUGGGGGAUGGCGAGGAUAGGCGAGUUGACAUACGAGAAACCGUUCGGCGACCUGAAUAAUCAAGACUCGGUUUUAACGUCGGACCUUGAAGAACAUGCUAUGUCCGGUCUUAGCAAUCAAGAGGCGGAUGAAGGCGGCAGAUGGGAACGUCACAUCUUUAUUCGGUUUUUACCGCGAUGGGGACAGGAAGCAUAUCACGUGAUCGAUAGCAGUGAACCGAAUUCAACUAGUCCUCAGAACCGGAGGCUUUGA